AUGUGCUUGAAGCUUAUACUGUCUUUAUCCAUUGCUGGCCUGGUUUCCGCUGCUCAGAUUCCUGGGCCAGAGGAACGGAUUGUAGGAGGUCACUUCAUUCCCAUCGAAUAUGUGCCUUGGCAAGUGUCGGUGCAAAUUUUUUCGAAUCAUAAAUGCGGUGGAGUCAUCUACAGUGAUCGUGCUAUUUUAACUGCUGCUCAUUGCCUUCGUGAUGUAAAUAUUACGGAUCUAUCAGUUCGCGCUGGAUCUUCGCAUUGGAGCAAAGGUGGUCAGGUGCUAAGAGUGUUGAAUGCCAUUCCACAUCCAAAAUACCUGUAUUCUGACUAUCCGUAUGAUAUUGCUGUACUGAUUUUGGAGGCCCCUCUCAAACUUGGUGGCGCAGUAAGGAAAAUUUCUUUAGCCGAAAAGACUCCAGAAGAUGGAACAAUUACUUUGGUCUCCGGAUGGGGAGAUACUCUAGAAAACUCUUCAUUCCCAUGGCCAAUACUGCAUGGCGUCCACGAAACUAUUCUAAAUAGAAUGGAAUGUCAGAAAAUCUAUAGUUCAUUAACUAAAUUAACUAACGACAUGAUCUGUACCCACGGACCCGGAAGAAGUGCUUGUAGAGGUGAUUCUGGUGGCCCUUUGGUUGAGAUGGAAACUAGGAAACUUAUUGGUAUAGUUAGCUGGGGAUUCCGUUGUGGUACAGCUCCGGGGGUCUACGCAGAUGUUGCAUUCUUCCGCAACUGGAUUAAGUAUACAGUUCAAGAAAAUAUUUAG